AUGCGUCGUCUUGCUAUGAACGAAAUCGACGAAGAUGAUACGAAUACGGAGGAUGACGACAUUUCUACGGACGGCAAAUACACCCAAGCUCAACAAAAGCUUGGAAAGAAGCGGUUAACUCGACCAGGGAGUGCUCAAAAAGGAAAAAUUACCAAACGUGAACGCUUAGCCGUUGUUAUGGAUGCUCUAACAGAGAGCCUGAAGUCAGCGAGCGGAGAAGACAACUCCAAGUACGAGUACAAAACGAAGCGACUUGCGUUUGGAAAAGAACAAACUGAGCUACAACUCAAGCACAAGGCUGAUAAAGCUGAACGACGUCGCAAGCACGAGUUAGAACUCGAAGAUCGACGCCGAAAAGCUGAUGAGGAGCGCGAAAAGCGCAUGUUCGACUUCUUUCGAACAAUGCUGAACCAGACCAACAGUAAAUAG